CAGCGGUAAAACCGGACUAGAUAUUUGGUCGCAUUUUCAAACGUUGCCUGUAGGUUCAACUAUGCCAAUAGUAUUCAUCUGAAACCUGAUAUUUUCUUUACUUAUGCUUUAUUAACAAGUUAUUUGCAGAUGGAGUUAAUGACAGAACGUUAUUUCCAAAAACCACUACGACUGAGUCACAGCGCAUCAAAUUUGCCAGAUAUCGUGCAAUAUGCAAGAUCUGGAUCUUCAGGAAGAUUUGACGAUAUAGCAGAAGGCAGUUAUCCAGCUAUUUAUACGCACAGGAAUAUCAAAUCAUUUGCACCCUGGCGCCCCAAGUCUCAUUUUUCCCCCGAUCGGUUAUCUUAUUUUAAUGAUACUAAGUCAGGAAAAUCACUGGGUCCCAUUGUUAACGUUACUGGAGAUUCGCUAGGUUUGCAUGAACUGGAGGGUUUAAGAAUUCCUUCUAUAUACUCAGCUGCACGCAACGCUCUCUACACAAGAUAUACGCCGGCCGACUGGACUAGGGGUAACUUAACGCGGCUGUCAAAUUCAGAGCAGGCUAUGAAGAGAGCUGAACAUAUAAGAGAAAAUGGAGAGCGUUUGGGAGUUGAAGCAGAUGACAGAAUUAAACGAGCACAACAGGAAGUCGGCAGACUACUUGGUCAAAGAAUUAAUGAUAUCAAUUAUAUGAAACAUGAAUUAAAUAAUGAAAUUGAUGCACUUGUUAAUGAAAUGAAUAAAUUAAAUGAAUCUAAAAGAAUUGCUGAAAAAUCAUUUGCCGAAAUUGAAAAUCCAUUACAUAUUACACAAGAAUGUUUAUAUCAUCGGGAAAAACGUCAAUCUACUGACCUUGUACAUGAUCAACCAGAAAAAGCACUUUUAAAAGAAAUUGAUGGAAUAAAAAUUUGUCAAGAACAAAUUAAAAAUAUUAUAAAUCGUGCUACAGCACAAUUAAGUUUAUGUCGUAGUGUUCAACAUGAAUUAGAACAAGAUAGUUCAGAUAAAUUUAGAGCAUUACAAUUGGAUCAAUUAGCUCAUCAAUUACGUAAUUCAUCGGCUAAUAUUGCUUUAUAUGGUGAUAUUGAAAAAUUAGAAAAAUGGAUGAGUGUACCAGAAAAAUGGGCUGAACAUACAAGUGCUAAUUUAAAACGUUCUCAAGCUGAACGUGCAGCAAGUCGAUCUAUUCGUGAAGCAAUUGAACACUGUUUAGGAUCAACAUUCAGUAAGAUACGUGAUUUAUGGUCUUCAACUAAUGCAUGCUUAUCUCAACGUAUACAAGAAACAAUGGAAGCUAAGAAUAGAAUACAAGUUCAAUUAGAAAAAAUUAAUCAAGAAUUAUUUGAUGUUGAGAAGAAUAUAGAAUAUUUAAAACGAUGUAUAGCUGAUAAACAAGCACCAUUAAAAGUUGCUAGGACAAGAUUAGACUUACGUAAUCGACGUCCAAAUAUUGAAUUAUGUCAUGAUGAUCCACAUGAAAGAUUAUUACGUGAAAUAGGAGAAUUACAAGAAUCAAUUGAUCAACUUAUUCAACAAUUAAAUAAUACACAAAUUAUACAUCAAGAUUUAUUAAAUAAUAAAAGUCGUUUAGAAAUGGAUUUAUCUAUUAAAACAAAUAGUAUUUAUAUUGAUCGUGAAAAAUGUUUAGGUUUACGUAAAACAUUUCCAAUGAAUCCUUCAUUAAUUGCACCAGUUUAAUGUAUGGCACACUUUUUUCGUUUCACUUUUUUUCUAAAAAAAAAAGAAAAAAAAGAUAUUAGAAAAGAAAAAAACAACGUAGUAACUAUCUAUAUAAAUAGACAAGAAGUAUAUUUUUUUUUUGUUUCCAACGUGACAGUCUAUUUUAAUUUUUAUAUUAUUUAUAAAUAGUCAAAAAAAAAUAAUGUAUGAUAUUUGUAUUAUGUCUAUUUCUAAUCAUAGUAAUAGUAGUACAGGAUUAUAUAUACACCCCCCUCUCCGUUAAAUUUUAUUCAUCACUCAUUUAAUUCAUUUUGCACUAUAUUUUUUUACGCUUUAUUGAUUAGUUAAGUUGUAGUAACAUAGUAAAUUAUAUAUGUGUGUAUUACAUUGUACUACAUGAAUGUACUCCUAUAUAUUUGUUGUACUAUUGUAAUGUAAAGGAUAACUUAUAUUUUCAUCAGUUCUAGGGAAUUUGAAGAAGAUAACUGAUUGACUGAUUGAAGAAUACAUUCAUAAAUAUAUAUACACAUAUAUAUACAUUGAUUUGUAUUUUUUUUAAAAUGAUAAGUAGUAUAUAUGUAUUCCAUUAGGUAAACUUUUGAUCAUGGGUAGUUUUUAUUAAAUAAAAUUCUCUUCCGUUUUUUUCCUAUUUUUUACUCAAACCAUUUUCUUUUUUUUUCUUUUCUAAAGACAAAAUAGUUUUUGUCUUCAUUAUUUUUUUCUUGAAUUUUGUUUUAUACUACUGUUAUUAUGAUUAUCAGUAGUUUAAGUAGUAUAGUUUUGAGUGAUAUGAUUCAUCAUUAUUUGUUUGUUUGGUUGUCUUUUUCUCUUGUUAAAUAUAACAAUAUAUAUAUAUAAUACAACACCGGCACAACUGUGAUAAUUGUACAAACUUAUUAAAUAAUCAAUAUAAUAAUAACAUUAUUGAUUGUGAUAUGGAGACAAAAAAAAUUUAAAAAAAAAUAAAUAUUGAUUAUUAAUGAAUUGUAAUAUUGAUUUUUCAAUUCAUUCAUUCAUUUAUUGAUUAAUCAGGUUAUGGAGUAUUGUAUUGUUUUAUUCUUUACAUUUAUUGAUUUAUUCAGUUUGGUUAAUGUAAUAUGUAAUUCAUGUUGGGUAUUUAUGAAAUGCUUUUUGUUUUUCGUUUUUUUUUUAAACUUUAAUUCUUUUAUAAAUAUCGAUGUUAUGCCGUCGUCUAUAAUAAUAAAAAACUAUAAAUAUCUUUGUCGAUUGAACAGAUUAUGUCUUUCUUAAUAGUAUUGUUAUCAUUAUAAUUAAUAGUACUAGUAUUAUUUAUGAAAUUAAUAAUAUGUUAGUACUUACAAUUGUGUGAACUUACUUUAUUUUGAAUGAUUUGGGGGGGGUUCGUGUUAUUUUUUUAGCGAGUUAGUUUUCUAUGGGGAUGGGUUGUUUAACCCUACAUUCUUAACCCUCUUCCUUUAUCCGAGCUUGUGACCGGCAAUAGACCCAGAAGUGCUCCAGGUGGAGUUAAUUGUGUAAAUUUAAUAAUAAUUAAAAUGUUAAUAAUAUAUUACUUACUUACGCCUGUUAC